UCUGCUGCACAGAAGCCAUCUCAGUGUGCUAGAGGACCAUUUUUAAUCUGCACUGAAACAUCCCUUUGCUUUCUCAGCCAAAUCACCAACAUGCCCUGUUAGAACAAGAAUUUACAUUCUACGAAAGAAGUUCACAGCUUCUUUCUAGACUACUCCAAGCUGCUGGAGUGAGGUUCUAACAGGUUCCAGCACUCUACUGUGGCAGGUCCUAGGAUGUAUGUGACAGAAAUGACGAGCAGGAGCAUGUGGAAUGCUAUUUGAAAAGUGGGUUUUGCUUUUACGACUGCUGACAAGUGGAAACAUCACCUUGAAGUCUUGAGCUUCCUACUGACAUCAGAGGUGAUGAGCCUAUCAAAGCUGAUUUUACAAACCACACUGGGUUUUAUAAUUCUACUCCUGUUUUAGCUGGUUCCUCCUCUAUUUCCUUUUUCAGCUAACUAAAAAGAGGAACCAUAUGGUUUCUUUAUUUUAAGCAAAGUCACAAAAGAGGAAACAUUUUUAGCUGGAGACAAUUCUAUAUCUUCUGUUGCUUCGGAAAGCAUUUUCUAAAAACAUUUAUAAAAGGAAACUCUGAAUGCCAUUUUCUAACCAAAGCUUUUUUGGGUGGGAACAUCUGAAAUGGAAUUCAAGUAUUUGCUCUUCAUUUUGCUUUGUCAAUACCUGAACAAUACGUUUUUCUCAGUGACAGAAGCAAUUACAACAGAGCAGCAGUCACAGUCUACUUUAAUUACAUCAUCAAUGUUAUAUGUUACAACUGAUUCUCAAAACACGGUAGGGAAUGCUAUGAGUCAAACAACACAAUUCAACAUUUCUUCUGGACGACAAGUACCACCUGCCCAAACCACCCCUGAACAGGCAACACCCGCUGUCUAUGUCUCUUCAAGACCACUUCCUUACAACACCACCAGACGAGCAGUAUCAGCGGCCAACAACUCCUUCCCACAAACAUCAUUAUCUGGGUUCACUCUGACUAGUCAACUACCACCUUCUGCCUAUAAUUCUACCAGACAACCACCAAAACCUCUUGUCUAUACUUCCACACAACAGCUACCAUCACCUGCUCCUACUUCUUCUGGAAAACCAGUACUAGAGACUACUCAUAGUCGGCCCACAAAAUCAAUACCAACCAUUUAUUUAUCAAGGGACACACCACCACCACCACCACUCACUUCAGAACCAACGAGUGGCAAAGGAACUGCUCAUAAAAACAACCACAAUGCAAUAGCUGCCAUAUUAAUUGGUACAAUUAUAAUUUCUAUGUUGGUAGCUAUACUCAUGAUUAUACUGUGGAAAUACUUGAGGAAACCAGUCUUAAAUGAUCAAAACUGGGCAGGUAGGUCUCCAUUUGCUGAUGGAGAAACACCAGAAAUGUGUAUGGAUAACAUUAGAGAGAGUGAGGUAUCCACAAAACGUGCAUCUGUUGUUUCACUUAUGACUUGGAAACCAAGCAAAAGCACACUGUUAGCAGAUGACUUAGAAGUUAAGUUGUUUGAAUCAAGUGAACACAUUAAUGAUACCAGCAACCUCAAGACUGAGAAUGUAAAAGUUCAAAUAAAUGGUUUAUCAGAAGACAGUGCUGAUGGGUCGACAGUUGGUACAGCCGUGUCUUCUUCAGAUGAUGCAGAUCUUCCCCUGCCACCUCCUCUUCUUGAUUUGGAUGAGAAUCUACCAGACGAGCCCACAAUGAUAGUUGUACCUUCUUUACCAAAUGAUUGUACCAAUCUCCAACCAUCUCCAGAUAGUCUAAACCAAGUGUGUGAAGAACAUCAUUCCAAGAUCCAAGAGCCAUUCCCGCCACCCCCUGACUCAUUUAAUGUGCCUCUGUCAGCAGAUUUUACAAACAACCAAGAGUCUACCCAUGAGGCUCAGUGCCAGGAGUUCUCUACUCCUCAUCUCACAGACUCCCUGCCAUCUCCACCUACAGAGCUGCUGUAAAGUGACAGUUUGCUUUUUAGCCUAUCCUCCAUCCUGAGAUUGCUCCACCCAUUCCUGUCCUCAUAGUAUGGUUCACAGGACAUGACAACUGGCAUCCGAGUGGCUGUUUGUUCAGGAACUACCUGACACCUGACUGAAGCCCAAGUACAUGGGUAGAUUAUUACAGUGGUAUGCUUACCAGCUACACAAGUAAUUUUUUUAAAGCAGAGUACCUUUUAUAUAUGUCAAUGAUAGAUAUGUCAAUAAUUUAAUCAAUUUGGAAACAUAUGAUCCUAUAUACUUAUUAUUACCCAAUAGAUUUUCUCCCUGAAAAGCUGUAUAUAAACUUAAGUAAAUAAAAUUCUAUUUUUUCCACCUCAAAAUUUGGGGUAUAGUAGAAAUGAGAAAUUUUAAGUUGUCAAAGCUUUAAUACUUCAAAUAUUAAGUAAAGAUUUUAAUUUAUAGAGAUUAAAAUAUAUAUCUAAGAACAAGACGUUUCCAUUUUUGGGCUUACUGGAAACACACAGACACAAACUGUAUUAAAACAUGAAGUCUGAGGUGCUGUGUUGGGGAACAUUUACCCUGAAAAAGUGAGCACCUACCAUAAAAUGCAGAAUUUUCUUUUUUCUUCAUAAUUAAAAAUUUUAUGUAUAUAA